AUGACAGAAAGCUUUGGACAGGUAUAUAUAUGGCCGCUAAACAACAGUACCUACGGCGGGGAAGUUUACGCCAACACAGUACAGGAUAAUAGUCAGUCUGGAUUUAAGUUUGGAGAGCUACAUCCGAACUUUAAUGGCGUUAAAUCGCUCACAUUUGACGGAUCCGGAUAUGUUGAUAUAGCGGUUGGACCUGCCUCCUUUGGUAGCAAUGAUGUUUCUCUUGUCAUUCAUUUUAAGAAAACAAAUUCGGCUGACUCGACAUUAUUUCAUUAUAAAUCCACAGCAACGACGGGCCAAAUAACAGAAUUAAAAGCAUCGGUGAUCAACGAGGCACUAGUCUUAUCGAAAACUGCUUAUGGAUCUGUAGAAGGGAAACAAUUUUUUGCCAGCGUUAAGCUCAAUACCUGGCAUACACUGAUUUUCUGUGUGCUCAAAAGCAAUGGACGGUAUGAUGUAUAUCUAGACAAUUCAAACAGUGUUUAUUCAACCGACAGUUUCGCAUCCGACCAAACCCUGACGACACCAGGAACAAUUCGCUUAGGAGCAAAUUUGAAUGGAGGAGAUAAGUUCACGGGUGCUGUUAUCUGUAUGGGGCUUUUUAACGAUGACCUUGAGAGUGAUGAUUUAACUUCCAUAAGGAGUUUCUGUGAUAAGUCGAACUGGGUCUAUACUCCAACAGAUUUGCCAUCAUCACUUACCACAUCAACGACAACACUCACUUCUACAACAUCACCUACCACUACCACAUCAACGACAACACUCACUUCUACCACAUCACCUAUCACUACCACAUCAACGACAACAACCACACCCACUUCUACCACAUCACCUACCACUACCACAUCAACGACAACAACCACACCCACUUCUACCACAUCAACUACCGCUACCACAUCAACGACAACAACCACACCCACUUCUACCACAUCACCUACCACUACCACAUCAACGACAACAACCACACCCACUUCUACCAUAUCACCUACCACUACCACACCAACGACAACAACCACAUCCACUUCUACCACAUCACCUACCACUACCACAUCAACGACAACAACCACACCCACAUCUACCACAUCACCUACCGCUACCACAUCCACAACAUCUACCACCACAUCACCUACCACUACCACAACAUCUACUAACAAUCCCAUAAAAACAAUCAUGUCACCUUCCACUUCAGCCGGGUCAGUAAGAGUCUGCCAGGAUAUUAACUGCUACAUCGAGCGAGUUGCCGAUCAGAGAAAGCCAACGACUGCUAUAGAGAGUCCCUAUGACCUGUUGAUCGUAACAAGCAUCCUUAGGUGUGCCGGGAGUGACACACCUUUGAGUGGUCCUGUUAUGGCUGAUUGUAGUGACACACCUUUGAGUGGUCCUGUUAUGACUGAUUGUAGGGGCACACCUUUGAGUGGUCCUGUUAUGGAUGAUUGUAGUGACACACGUUUGAGUGGUCCUGUUAUGGCUGAUUGUAGUGACACACCUUUGAGUGGUCCUGUUAUGGCUGAUUGUAGUGACACACCUUUGAGUGGUCCUGUUAUGGAUGAUUGUAGUGACACACCUUUGAGUGGUCCUGUUAUGGCUGAUUGUAGUGACACACCUUUGAGUGGUCCUGUUAUGGAUGAUUGUAGUGACACACCUUUGAGUGGUCCUGUUAUGGCUGAUUGUAGUGACACACCUUUGAGUGGUCCUGUUAUGGCUGAUUGUAGUGACACACACACCUUUGAGUGGUCCUGUUAUGACUGA